CGAAGGGUAGAUUCUUGUGAAUUCGACGAAAUUCUACACCAUUCUAUUACUUUCCACGCAACAUUUUCCCGUAGGCAUCUUUCUCGGCGCCGAGAAGCAACAAAAUAGAAAUCGCUUCCUUGUUGCGCCGUUUUGUUUCCUUGUGAAACCAAAAUGGAAACGAUAAACAUGGAUUUUUUUGAAUCGCCAACUUUACUUUUCGACAUGCUCGACGAUAGGAGAAACGGCGUUCAAGAUACUUUUUCGAAAUUCAAAUUCCCCGUCUACUCGCGAGGCGACUCUCGCAUCGGUGGAUGUUAUUACGAUAGUUUUUCAUACGCAGAUUUCCUCCGGAAAUUUCCUUUAUAUGUGUGCAAUAGAACGUAUUAUUAUCUGGAUCAUCAACACGAUAUAAAAGCGACGGAUCGCGAGGUAGCAAUUAUUGGCCCGAGUAUCGCGAACGAUAUAUCUACACUGUGCGAUACUGCAGCAGCUGUUCGGCCCGGCUGGACAUCUGCCGCCGACUAUUUCAUCUCUUUGGGACCGCCUCGUCUUGGGACCGAAGGCCGAAGGUUUUAACGACGAACCACGUCGACAAUUUCGUUAUGGAAUUCAAUUUAUUGGCUCUUAAUUAACGUAGAAUAUGGUUUUUUAUAUAAUGUGCAUCUCACGAAGUACAUCACGUACAAUGAGCCUAUGACUCCUCCGGAGUUCUUGUUUUCUUUUACGGAAAUAAACCCAUUCUUGUGUGCGACAAAAGUUUCACUGCAGAGAAAUUUUCGUCGAGCAGCUGCAACCUGUGGCUGGCCAACAUGGAAAGAGGCAUCAGAAACAGGAACGGCUUGUGCGGCAACAACGC